GCGUUCUGAACUGUCAUCACUCAUGUUUCACAUGUAUUUGUUGACACUUUUCAAUGCCAAGGAAACAAACUGGAGCAGAUUUUCAUCGCACCAACACAGUCGCGCAUCACUUCAGUUGUCAUCGAAAAGUGAAAGUUGGAUUUCCACGCUCGUGCGAAAAAUGAUAGUAAAAUUCCUAAAAAUUCACAGAAAAUGUUGAUAGAAAAUCGAAAAGUGUUGUGAUUGGCCUUCGUUUUACGGGGCAGGUGGUGAUAGUAUUGGAAGUGUGCUCAAAACGUGAUGAAUAUUGCACAAAUUUUACAAAAUCUGUUUGAAGUGUAUCCAUCGUCAACAUGUACACGAAACUUCAAUGACCUCAGCUAUGAAGAGCACGUACAGGAGUUUAGUUCGUGGCUGAAAAAUAAACUAGGUGGCAUACAGCAGCAAUGUGGAUCGUCGAAAGUUUUGCCCGAAGGCCGUUUGGGUCCAGCCAAAGUGGUUUUUGUUGCCGAUCAAAAUGAUAGCAAUAAUUUGGUGAAAAUAUCGAAAGAUAAAUUAACGAUACAGUCACAAAGUGCUUUCUGUACGCUAAAAGCGAAUUGUUGUGUUUGGAAAGGAAAAUGGAUGUACGAGGUGCAGCUCAGGAGCAAAGGUGUAAUGCAAAUUGGAUAUUGCUCAUCGAAAUGCACAUUCACGCAGGAUACCGGAGUUGGCGACACCAAAAAUAGCUACGGUUUUGAUGGCAGUAAACAACGAAUAUGGCAUGUGCACACGCGAAAAUAUGGGCCGUAUUGGCGAAGUGGUGAUGUGUUUGGCAUUUGUCUUGACAUGGACGAAGGCAAAAUUGAAUACUAUCGAAAUGGUGUGAGUUUGGGUGUUGCUUUUGAUGACGUGGCACGUGGCCCCGGUAUCGCUUUGUUCCCAGCCGCUUCACUUGCGUUUGAUGACAGUUUAACAGCGAAUUUCGGUAGUUCGCCAUUCCGACAUCCAGUAGAAGGCUACAGUCCAUUGCAAAUGAGCCCGGCUGUGAAGCUUGAGAAAGCAGAGUUCCUUUUGAAUAAUUUGGUGAAUAUUGCACGUGUCAUUUCUACGAGUCGACCGCAGAAACUGCGUUCAAACAAGGACGUUUCGGCUGACACAACUUAUGCACUGCUUGCGUCUAUAUUGAUUAAUGAAAUUGCAUCGAUUCUAUGCAAUAAUUAUGUGAUUGAAGAGAAAGUAUUUAAGCAUGUGAAGGGAAUGUGUGUUAUUCGUACAAAUAUCGAUUCCAACAAUGUCAUCUAUCCCGGAAUGACGGAAAGUACGCUCGGCACAUUUCUAUCGCUGCUUUGGAAUUUUCAAGGUGAUAUUAUGAAGUGUUUCUUAAGCAAGUUUGUUAACUUUCUGUCCAGCAUGUACCGUGAGACACCGGUUGAUUUGAAUUACGAGAAACAACGAAUUGUUAUUGUGGUCCUGACUUGCAUCUGUAAUCAUCCGGCAACACGAAAAUAUCUCAUGGAGUACAAAUUCUUCAACAAAAAUUUAUUGCCCAUAUUUCUGUACAUAAAACCACCGGAUGAAUCAACAUUAGCCGAUCUGAUACCCGAUCGCAAUGUAUGGACAAAUGGAAUGGACACGUCGAAAGAGGCGUAUCUGAAGGAUUGUCAGAAACUAAACGCUUGCACCGAUGCUCUCUAUACGCUUCAGAAAAAUUUGGUGGAAAAAUUGCUGAAUAACACCGAUGGCACUGACACAUCCCCGUCCAGCCGCAAGAUUUUCAUCACAAAAUUGCGAAAGUAUGUGAUUGAAAAUAGUGUGGAACAUCGCACCAUUUACUUUUUGGAAGGCAUAUCAUACGCCCCACCAACACAGCCAGCCGUAGCACUAUCAUUCUUAUGCAUUUUACUCGAUGUACUUCAAACACUAUACGCUAAUGAACUGCCAGACAGUCCGGCAUUUGUGUCGCCACAAACAUUUUACGAUGGAUCCCUCAAUUAUUUUCAUUUUGAUCGAGUUGGCGGAGUUUUAACGCAUUUACAGCGACAUUUCCGUGAAGAGCUAAUGACGCGAUUGGGAAGUGAACACAGCUCGAUUGAAAACGGUGAUGAACCAGUGACGGGCAUUUAUAAUGGCGUUGAAUUGAGCGAUAUAUACUCAGCCAUGUUUCUACUGACCGGUAAUCCAAGAUCGUCACUCAAUUCAUUGCGUUCCGAAGUUCGAACAUCAGAUUUGCUAUCAACUUUGAAUGGAGACAUGAAUGUUGGCAACGGAAGCAGUUCAACAUUCACAAAGCUAGCCGAGGCACCAGUUAAAGCGGGCGAGGUUAGCACCCAAGACGCACUCAAGAAUUUAUUGGAUUGCUGCAUUUUGUAUUAUUAUGCCGUCGCUCAUAAGUAUAUUAUUAUGAUUGCCGACCUUCGAGACAGCAUUGGAACCUUAUCGGAAAUUCUGUGUGAAACAAAAGUGACUUACGACGUGCUGUUGCGAACGAUGGAAACAGUCAGCAGUGAUGCGAUGAUAAGUUCAACGCAUGGCGAUGUUCUGAAGGAUUUGUAUGACAAACUGAUGGAACGAAGACAAGUAUUCUUGAAGCGAUCGACGGAACUGGCGAGAAAACAAGCCUGGUAUCGCUCGGUUGCUCUGGGCAAAUUCCGACGCAACUUAUUGUGCUGGAUGUUGAAUGCCGUUGUUCGAACAUUGAAGGAGGCAUCCGAAGAGGGCGAUCUAUUUGCAUUUGUACCGGAAUUCUACAUAAACAUUCUGCCGAUACUACUGGACACGGUUAUGGAUUUCAGUUUUCAUGACUUGAAUCUACAAAAUGAUUUGUCCGAUUGUUCUCAUAUAAUUGCAUCAGCGGCUCAGUUUCUAUGUUCCAAAGCAGCCAAUUCACGGGUGGUCUUGGCAUCAUGCAAAGACUCUUUACUUCAAGCGCUCGGCACAUUGACUUGUCAUGAAGCUGGAAUUCGAGCAUUAGAAAACUGUUCGCCGUUGCAUCAAACAACUCUGAUAAGUUCCUUAAUGCGGCCGUAUCAGGGAAGAGCCUGGGGUCAAAGCAACUGGUUGCUGUUACGAUUCUGGCUGGGUGAUGGAUUUGCCUAUCGGGAUGCGCGUCAACCGAGCAUUUGGCAAGAUGGUUCGCGAGCACCGUCAAUCGGAUUAUUUCGUAGUCGAGGAAAAAAUGGACAUACCGGACUAUUACACCACAUUGCUCCCAGCAACCCAAGUGCACACUUUCAACGAUUGAUUGCCGAGUUGCUGAUCGACGAUGAAGCGUUCAGCACAACACUCAUCAAUUCGAUUCUAUCUCAGUUGAAUUGGGCAUUUUCGGAAUUUGUGCUACUUUUGCAAGAAAUUCAAAACGGAAUGCAACGACAAGAUCGAUCACAUUCGGCGUAUGAGUCGCGUCAAUCAAAAAUCUGUUCAAUGUGUUUUGAAUUGACCGUUUCGCUGAUGAGAACAUUGGAAAUGAUGAUUUCUAUAGCGCCUCCGGUGUUCAUCGAUGCAUCACGUCCAAACAGCAUAACAUUGCUGAACCGAGUAUGCCAACUCAUCAGUCAAGUGCUGUCUCGAGUCACAAUCCCACCCGGAUGUUUCCAAUACGUCAUCGAUAUGUGUUUACCUGAAUUAAAUAGCGUAACACAUUUUUCCAUCAUCUCUGCUGCAAUCGGGAUUUUAUUGGCACUAUUGAAAAAUGAAAUCGCUGAUGAUGAGGGAUACAUCAAUAUGCCGAAAGUAGCGAAAAUCCUUCUAACCGAUCCGAGUUUUCAAAUCGCUUGCUUGGAAUACACAGUCGGUGAUGUGAAGACUCCGAUUCAAAUUCAACAAGAAAUUCCCCGAGGUAAUUUCGAUGCACAAAGCCGCCGUCAUAUCGAUCCACUUACAAAUGAGGUGCGCUCGACGAAACCACGAUGCGAGCAACCGGUCAUUAAAUUCUCUCUACUUGAUUAUCCAACCCACGUCACUGCCGAUGAAAUUGAACAAAUGAGGAAAUUAAUCAAGUUCUUGCUGAAUCGCAAGUCACUUUUGUCCGACAUAACACUGCCUUCAGAUGAUACAAUCUGUACGAUAUGCUAUGCAACAUCGAUAUCGGCCACAUUCCAACCGUGCAAUCAUCAAUCGUGUAGCAGCUGCAUCACACAACAUUUAAUGAAUACCAAAGUUUGCUUCUAUUGUAAAACGCUUAUAACUAAAGUGCAAAAUUUCGAUGGGACAACCAUUUAUGAGCAUACACCAGCUUCGCAAACUUAACGAGAUAUUACUUUUUUUUUGCUUUCCCAGAAUAAGUACAAACUCUUCGACCGUGGUACAAAUUCAGUUUAUGGAUGUUUUUAGUAUUUUAAAUAUUGUCUAGUCAAAAAGCAACAACGCAUUCAAUUCACAAUUUCAGCUCAAAUAAUUUUUAAAUCAAUUUGCAUGGACAAAUGCGCAAUUUUUCUCAGUUCUAGGUCAAUGUUAAUGUGUAAAUAUGUACUUAAACUAAAUGUAAACAAUGAUUUCGCUUUUUCGCAAGGAAAAAUCAAUUUAAAGCACAAAGAUCUCACUUUUAUCGAAAAUAUACUAUUUUAAAUAAAAACCGAAUCCGCUUCAAUUUUCAUAAAA